GUUUUUUUUAAUAGUUUAGAUCACACGGAUUACAUGGAUGGGUCCUGAUUAGUAUAUUGCGAUGACGUGAACAUCUCUUGUGUGAGAUUCAAUGUCCGCAUGGGAUUCGGGUAUAAAACGGAGUUCCAUUUCACCGGGAUUUGCCAGAACAGAAGGCAACAGAGAAAUUAAACGGCGUUAUCUCUCUCUGUUUAUCUGUCUCUACAACAGCUUCGUCCUCCCUCCUCCUUGAUCCUUCUAUCGUUUUCGUAACCGUCGUUUCUGCUCCCUUUACACCAUAAACCCCUUACCUCCUUCUCCCCGUGAUCCACAUUUAUCACGUGACCCCGUUUCCAUAAUAUUACCAAUUGUGGCUCUCAUGAAACGGCAUUUCGCUUCAACUUUUGAUGCCGUAUAUAUGCUCCAGAGAGACUAUAUAUGUUGAUGAUUGCAAAAACACGACGUCGUAGAUCCAUCGCAGCAGAUUAGGAAAUAGAAAACCGAUCAUUCAAAAGGCGAAUUCAUUUUAACAAUCCGUGUAAUAAGGAGUUUCCGAAAUGAGCGGGAAGAAGAGGGUGCAGUUGGCGACGGGGAAAGAGGAAGAGGAGGAGGAGGAGGAGGAGGAGAAGAACGAGAACCGAACGAUGUCGUCUUCGAAAUCUCUUUCUUCUGCUUCUUCUUCGUCGUCGUCAUCUUCUUCGGACGAGAGAGAGUACACGGUGCAGGACCUACGGGACCGGAUGAAAUCGUCGAGAGGAAGCCGAUUCGAUCUGAUAGAGAGCGAGUUUGGACUCAACUCGACUCGGAGGAAGUUCAGUCGCCAAGCUCUUCUCCAUGGAAUCCGAGACUUCUCCAAAGACUUAAUUAUUCAUCCUGAUAACAGGUGGUAUCGGUUAUGGACAAAAUUCAUAUUGUUAUGGGCAGUGUACUCAUCCUUCUUCACUCCAAUGGAGUUUGCAUUUUUUCGUGGCCUGCCUGAGAAUCUCUUUAUAUUGGACAUCAUUGGACAAAUAGCUUUUCUCGUAGACAUUGUUUUUCAGUUCUUUCUUGCUUAUAGAGACAGUCGGACCUACCGUAUGGUCUACAAGCGAACCCCUAUUGCUCUCCGGUAUCUGAAAUCUAGCUUUAUCUUUGAUUUUCUUGGAUGUAUGCCCUGGGACAUCAUCUUCAAGGCCUGUGGACACAGAGAGGAAGUAAGGUACCUUUUGUGGAUCAGAUUAUAUCGAGUGCGGAAAGUCACGGACUUUUUCCAGAAGUUGGAGAAGGAUAUACGUAUCAAUUACAUUGUUACUCGGGUUGUGAAACUUAUAGUAGUUGAACUCUACUGCACCCACACAGCAGCCUGCAUUUUCUACUAUUUGGCUACUACCCUACCUGAAUCCCAAGAGGGGUACACAUGGAUAGGAAGUUUAAAACUGGGUGACUCUAGUUAUUCACAUUUCAGAGAAAUCGAUAUUUGGAAGCGCUAUACAACAUCUUUGUAUUUUGCCGUUGUUACAAUGGCUACUGUUGGCUAUGGAGAUAUACAUGCUGUAAACAUGAGGGAGAUGAUAUUCGUAAUGAUAUAUGUUUCGUUUGACAUGGUUCUUGGUGCUUAUUUGAUUGGUAACAUGACAGCUUUGAUAGUCAAGGGAUCAAAGACUGUAAAGUUUAGGGACAAGAUGACAGAUCUUAUGAAAUAUAUGAACAGAAAUAGACUUGGAAGGGAUAUCCGGGAACAAAUAAAAGGCCAUGUGCGCUUACAGUUUGAGAGUAGCUACGUUGAUGCUGCUGUUCUUCAGGACAUCCCCAUUUCUAUUCGAUCUAAGAUAUCCCAAACAUUGUAUUUGCCAUACAUUGAAAAGGUUCCUCUUUUUAGAGGCUGCACUUCAGAAUUCAUCAAUCAGAUUGUUAUUAAACUGCAUGAGGAAUUCUUUCUUCCAGGGGAAGUUGUAAUGGAACAAGGAAAUGUUGUAGAUCAACUAUAUUUUGUCUGUCACGGUGUGCUGGAGGAAAUUGGCACAGCUGAAGAUGGGUCUGAAGAAACUGUUUCACUUCUUCAACCUAACAGUUCGUUUGGAGAAAUAUCUAUUCUUUGCAACAUUCCUCAGCCAUAUACUGUUCGUGUUUGUGAACUUUGUAGGCUCUUGCGGCUUGAUAAACAAUCAUUUACAAGUAUCCUAGAUAUAUACUUUAAUGAUGGAAGGAAAGUAUUAAACAACCUUCUAGAGGGAAAAGAGUCUCUUAGAGGAAAGCAGUUGGAGUCAGACAUCUCAUUUCAUAUCGGAAAGCAGGAAGCUGAAGUUGCUUUGAAGGUCAACAGUGCAGCUUUUAAUGGGGAUCUCUAUCAGCUGAAAGGUUUGAUUCGAGCUGGAGCUGAUCCCAACAAGACAGACUAUGAUGGAAGGUCUCCUUUGCAUCUUGCUGCAUAUAGAGGAUAUGAAGAUAUCACACUUUUCCUUAUUCAAGAAGGUGUAGACAUCAAUAUCAAAGAUAACUUUGGGAACACACCCUUACUUGAAGCCGUUAAGAAUGGCCACGAUCGGGUUGCUUCUUUACUUGUUAGAGAAGGGGCCUCUAUGAAGAUAGAAAAUGCUGGUAGUUUUUUAUGUGCAGCAGUUGCAAGGGGAGAUUCAGAUUAUAUUAAAAGGCUUUUAUCUAAUGGCAUGGAUCCUAACUCUAAGGACUAUGAUUACCGAAGCCCUCUUCAUGUUGCUGCAGCUGAAGGUUUAUACAUCAUGGCAAAGUUGCUAUUAGAAGCCGGAGCUAGUGUUUUUGCCAAGGACAGAUGGGGAAAUACCCCGCUCAAUGGAGCCCGAAUGUGUGGAAAUAAGAAUCUGAUCAAGCUACUGGAAGAUGCAAAAUCUGCUCAAUUGUCAGAAUUUCCAUGUCCUUCCCAAGAAUUUACAGAUAAAAUGCACCCAAAGAAGUGCACAGUGUUUCCUUUCCACCCGUGGGAUCCAAAAGAACACAGAAGACAUGGAAUUGUAUUAUGGGUUCCCCACACCAUUGAAGAGCUAAUCAAAACAGCUGCAGAGCAGAUGGAAUUUUCUAGCGAUUCUUUUAUUUUAUCAGAAGAUGCUGGUAAAAUUACUGAUGUGGACUUGAUCAAGGACGGUCAGAAGCUAUAUUUAGUCCCGCAAACACGUUAGGCUUUCAUAUUAUGGCUCUUAUAUCACCAUAUAAAUAUGUUCCUUGUAAUGUGUUACCACCAUUGUCCGUGCUAAUAAAUAAAGUAUUUAAUAAUAGU